AGAAGAAGAAGAAGAAGAAGUUCGCUUCCUUCUUUCCUUCCUGUUCGUCUUGAAGGUGAAGUUUUCACUCACGUGAGCUGUCAGUAUCCUUACGUGCUGAAGAUGUCAAAAGUGUCUGCUGCUAGCAUUGACCCCGCUCCUGCAACAGCAGCCGCAGAGGAAAAGAAGCCAUUGAAACCAUGUUGUGCUUGUCCGGAAACAAAGAAAGUCAGGGAUGCUUGCAUUAUUGAGAAGGGAGAAGAGAACUGCAGAGACCUCAUUGACGCACAUAAAGAAUGUAUGAGGGCUCUUGGAUUCAAGAUUUAGCAGAUCCACAUCGUGUGUGUGGGCAUUUGCUGCUGUGAGCCUGUGGAUGUUCCUCUGCUCUUAUUUAUCUUUCUGGUGGGAGGGAAAUGUGAUGACACACACUGGUUUUGAUGGGAUUUUGCCCUUUUUAGUGGUUUUUCAUUGUUGAAUUUGAAUGUGUUUCUAAACUGCUGUAUGGAAUCCGAAUAAAUGCUCUAUGCAAUAAGA